UCUUUUGCUCCCCCAAAGAAGAAAAAGAGAAUAGAAAGAAGAAUGCUUUUAAAAGCUCACACCCAAUAUAAUUCCCACUCAUUGUCUUUGUUCCUCAAAGCUUUCCUUCGCAUUUUCUCUCUCCUCCUCCCUCGUCGCAUCAAUCAGGUUUCCAUUUGUUCCUGUAAGAACGAGCCAAACGCACAAGAACAACGACAAGCAUAACACUAACCCUAAUAUACUUGCCCCAUAUUUACGUGGACUGCCACUCCGCAUAUCAAGCUAGAUUAAGAGAGAGAGAGAGAGUUAAUGUGAUGAUGGACGGUGGAGAUGAUCACCAACGGCAUCAUCAUCGGCCGACUUUCCCUUUCCAGCUCCUCGGAAAACGAGACUCCGACGACGAACCCUCCUCCUCCUCCUCCCUCUUCUCCCUCCAACAGCAAUUGCACCCGCAAUCGCAGUCGCAAUCACAGCCUCAUCAAGAUCAAUCUUCGGCUGCGGCCAAGAAGCCGAAUCCGAAGCGGACUUCGACAAAGGACCGACACACCAAGGUAGACGGCCGAGGCCGUAGGAUCCGGAUGCCGGCUCUAUGCGCGGCUAGGGUUUUCCAACUGACCAGAGAGCUCGGCCACAAAUCCGACGGUGAGACCAUAGAGUGGCUUCUCCAGCAGGCGGAGCCCGCCGUCAUCGCCGCCACCGGCACCGGAACGAUUCCUGCGAACUUCACCUCCUUGAACAUCUCUCUCCGCUCCUCCGGCUCCUCCAUGUCCCUCCCUUCCCGCUUCCACUCCGCCGCAACUUACAUCAACCCUAGUCCAUUCUCCCCCACCACCGCUUUGUUGCAGCAACAACGUAAUUAUCUCCAUGGAAGAGGCACGAGCGCUUCUCUCUUCCCUGGCCUCGACACGUUUGCUCCCACAACGACGUCGUUUCUGAACUUCCAAAACCCGACGACGACGAGUAACCAUCUCUUGAGCUCUUCUGGUAUGCAAGCUAAACAAGAAGGUGGUUCCAAUUUGGAAGAUGAAUCGGAAGAGAGCUCGGAGAAGAAACGGAGGCUCGAAACGACGACAGAUUUGCGUCACCAAAUCGGGAGCUAUGGUUUGCAAUCUAGCAACAGCGGACCUACCUUGGCUCAGAUCCCGGGGAACUUCUGGAUGGUCGCCGCCGCCAGCAACCCCCACGCCGCAGCCGGCCUCGGCGGAGGAUGA